AUAAAACCAAGUACUGCUUGAACCAUCAGCGUAGUACUCCGGGCUCGUAUUGGCGCAGAAGCAGCUACCAUGGUGAAAUACUCAAAAGAGCCUGAUAACCCCACAAAAUCCUGCAAAGCCCGGGGUUCAGAUCUCAGGGUUCAUUUUAAGAACACAAGGGAGACAGCGCAUGCCAUUAGGAAGCUGCCUUUGAUCAAGGCUAAGAGGUACUUAGAGGACGUUUUGGCUCACAAGCAGGCCAUACCAUUCACACGUUUUUGUCGGGGCGUAGGACGAACCGCUCAGGCAAAGAACAGGCAUUCAAAUGGACAAGGACGUUGGCCUGCAAAAUCUGCAAAAUUCAUUCUUGACUUGCUUAAAAAUGCUGAGAGUAAUGCCGAGGUGAAAGGUCUCGAUGUGGAAACCCUUUUCAUAUCUCACAUUCAAGUUAAUCAGGCACAGAAGCAGAGACGCCGCACUUACCGUGCUCAUGGAAGAAUCAACCCCUACAUGUCAUCACCAUGCCAUAUCGAGUUGACCUUGUCCGAGAAGGAAGAGCCCGUUAAAAAGGAGCCUGAAUCUCAGUUGGCAACUGGCAAAUCCAGAAAGUCUCAUACUCUUCGAAGCGGUGCAUCAUCUUAAACGGCUUUGACAAGAUUAGCAGUUGAAGUUUUUCCGAGUCUUUUCACAGCUCGUCUAUCAGUUCUUUGGAAGACAUUUGUUCCUUUUUGUUGAGUUGAUCUUUUACUUUUUUGAGCGUCUGGAUCCCUUGUUUUGUUACCUGAAAAGUGAUUUUUGUUGUAGACUUUUGGAGGAAAAAGAGUACAGUUAUUUUGCGAGCAAUGCUCUUUGAAAAUGCUGUAUGUUUUUGUUGUUUCAAUGGAGAACGAGUAUUGAAAAUGAAAGGUUGUGCGGUGUUCCAAGAGAAA